UCACGAGGUUGGAUUGCUCAGUCAUCCCCCUUAAUAUCAGAGGGGUGCAAGUGCAAAUAGGCCAUCGCUUGCAGCGGCAAUAGAAGCGUAUCAGCUCGUAUCCGAGUUGCAGUCCAGCGCUACUGCUGCAGUCGUCCUCAUGGGGCUCCGUUCUUUAAUAGUGUUUGCGUCCCUGGUGGUCGCUUGCUCGUCGCUGAUCAGAAUUCCAUUGAAGAAGUUCCCCUCCAUGCGUAGCAUCUACACUGAAUAUGGGACCAAUAUCCAAGACUUGAAUGAGUUGGGGGAAAUGCUGAAAUACAAAUUUGGGGGCCCAGAUGUGGGCACACCUACCCCAGAGGCUUUGAAGAACUACAUGGAUGCUCAAUAUUAUGGUGAGAUUGGCAUUGGGACACCACCACAGACGUUUACUGUGGUCUUUGACACUGGAUCUUCCAACCUCUGGGUGCCUUCUGUCAACUGUAAUUUGUUGGACAUUGCUUGCUUGCUGCAUCACAAAUACGAUUCUUCCAAAUCCACCUCAUAUGUGAAAAAUGGUACAGAUUUUGCCAUCCAUUAUGGUACUGGGAGCCUGUCGGGAUAUCUCAGCCAAGAUACCGUAAAGAUUGGUGACCUGCAUGUCCAGGAACAGUUGUUUGGUGAAGCUACCAAACAGCCUGGCAUCACAUUUAUUGCUGCAAAAUUUGAUGGCAUCCUCGGCAUGGCAUUCCCAAAGAUCUCAGUGAAAAAAGCAAAACCUUUCUUUGACAAUGUAAUAGAACAGCAACUAUUGGACAAGAACGUCUUUUCCUUUUACCUGAACAGGGAUCCAAAAGCAUCAACUGGAGGGGAAUUGCUUUUCGGAGGGGUGGACCCACAGUAUUAUGCUGGAGAUUUCAACUGGGUGAAUGUCACUCGCAAAGCUUACUGGCAGGUCCACAUGGAUAAGGUUGAUGUUGGCAAUGGCCUGACCAUUUGCAAAGAUGGCUGUGAAGCUAUUAUAGACACAGGGACCUCUCUCAUUACCGGGCCAACAGAUGAAAUUAAGCAGCUACAGAAGGCCAUUGGAGCUAAGCCAAUCAUUAAAGGACAGUACAUGCUUCCGUGUGAUAAACUAGACACCCUUCCCACUGUGAACCUUGUCCUAGGAGGGAACUCCUAUGCCCUCACUGCAGAUCAUUAUGCUUUAAAGAUUACUAUUCAAGGAGAAACACUUUGCUUGAGUGGAUUUGCAGGCUUGGAUGUCCCACCACCAGGUGGGCCUCUUUGGAUCCUGGGCGAUGUCUUCAUUGGCCCAUAUUACACAGCGUUUGAUCGAGAUAAUGACGCAGUUGGUUUUGCAAAAUGUAUUGGCAACGUGUAAAAGCAACUGAUGGCCACCUCCCACAAUUUCUCUCUACAAAUUCACUGGAGUUGUGUCUUGUUGGUAUUAGAAACAAAAUCAGGAAAGUUAAACAACAAAAAGACACUUUAAAAUUUAAAUAAGGAGGAGCAUAGAUCUUACAAUUUUAAACAGAAAAUAUACUAGUAACCUUUCAACAAACACUAGAAAUGUUCUAGUAAAAUCCUAUUUAAGGAGCUCUUUUAUUUGAACUUCUUGAAAUACUAUCUUUCUGAGCAUGACAAGUAUAAAUAUUUUAUUUAGACUAAUACCAUUUCUUAAUUAUUUUCCCCACCCUCCAAAUGCUUCUGGAUACACUUGCCUGUUAUCCCUGUUUUUAUUUAUAUAUACAUAAAAAAGAGAACAGACUUGAUCAUGGGGACGUACUAGAUAGUUGGGAUGUCACCACGAAAUUUGCAUUUAUCUAAUGACCCAGUUUGCACUAUUGAAGCUAAGAAAAUUUGUUGGCAGCAUUUCUCACAUCAUGGGGGUAUGGGAUACAGUAAAAGGAUCCAGAUCUGCAAGUUUUUUACAAACAAAGCAGAUCCACCAAUUUUGGGGUGGCUGGGCUCCAGCUAGUAGAGAAUGCUUGGGAAGUAAUAAUUGUGGGAAAGGGUACUUCCAUAGGAUAGGACUGGGUUCUCCAGCUUAUAUUUUAUAAAUGGCUGCAUUCUAUACUUUGGCAUGAACAACCCCAUUCAGGUAUUACAGUUCUGAAAUACCUUGUCACAGUAUCUUUCUCUUAGUUUCCCAAAAGGUUUGUACUGCCCAGCUGCUUUUGGAGGUAUAAGGAAAGUGGCCUUGAUAUGGCUUGUUCCACCUGUUCAAACCCAGAAAGUAUUUCAAGCAGGGAUUUUUGGGGAUCUUUUUGGGUCAAGGUGGAUUUGGAGAUGCAUCUACAUGGCUGUAUUCUUCCUUAAUAAAGCCUCUAUUUUCCCACUUUUAAAUCAAGUCACCACUACCCUAACAUUCCUUCUCAGUCCUGCAGUCUGAGUUGAAAAAUCUUGUAAAUAACUCUAGAAAACACAGGUGGGGAACUUCUGGCCCAUGGGCCAAGUUUGACCCACCAGGCCAUUCUCCCUAAACUACAUUCACCUGCCCCAGACCUGAAGUCAGAUGUUGGGCAGGUAGAGAUGUGGCUGGAUUGGCCAGAGACAGCCCCUGCAGAAAGCAGGGUUAAACAUCCCACACAUCUGCUGAUGGACAGGGAGUUGAAUCCUGCUUGGUCAGUUGGCCCAUGGGCCAGUUUUGACCCUGACAGGACCACCAACUUGUCAAGGUUAGCCUGCAGGGUAUGGGGAGGCUCACCAGGCCCAAAAGGUUCACUACCCCUGCUAUAAAGCUUUCCCUGCUCAGAAGACUUGUUGAGGAACCCAAAUUGUGUGAACUCCACACAGGCAAAUUCUGGUUACCUAGACUUCUACAGAAAGUGUUUCAUAAAAAGAACUGUCUCUUUAUUGUGGUUUAAUUUUGCCUUGGCAAGCAAAAUGCAUGAAGCAGCUAUUCAGGACAGGGAAGGAUGGGAGGAUAGGUAGAAAUUAGUGGUGGGAAAUUAAAUAAACUAGAAUGUUUUUCUUAGCUUGGUGAAUGAGAAGACUUACAGUACCCUUUUAGGUUAAUCUGAAAUGUUCCAUGAUAUUUUGGACCCGGUUCCAAGGUUUUGAGGCAGCAUGCACAACAGAACAAAACUUGGUAGUAAACAAAUAGUUGUUUUGAUGUAAAGCCAACAGAAUUCACUGUAGAUGCUUUAUUUUAAACUAGAGGUAAAUAUGGUUCAUGAAGAGCAAUGCAAUAGAAAAGCUUGCGAACACGGGAGUAGAAGAUGGCAGGAAUUUAAAUAUAUAUUUGUGAAUAUGUUGUAUAUCCUAGACUUUUCUCCUCUGCUGGGUUGAAUACUUUGGAAUAUUGAAAAGCCAUAGGAUAUUUAGAGAAGGCUACAAAGAAAGUAGCAACUGUCUGGGAUUGCUAACAAGGCUUGGCCAUUCAAAAACCACGGUGUGUUCUUAAACUCGUGAAAGAUACAGAUAUAUCUUGGAGACAUCAGUAACACUAUAGCAUCUGUCCCCAGCCUGGUCUUACCCAUUUACCAGCUGGGGCUGAUGAGAGAUGUAGUCCAAAACAUCUGGAAGGCACCAGGUUGGAUAAGGAAGCAAUCACAUGUUCUGAAUUAUGGUGGGUUUUAAUGAAAUAUGCUUCUCUAAACUCAGUGGUUAGUUCCUGGUAAUGGUCUUCAACCCUGAAUUAGUAAUUUAAAGUCAUUGAAUAAUUUUUCACUGCAAAAUAUCAAAUGCAAAUUACUCAAGGAACCUUCAUUUCAAACUUAAGCUCUUUUACAAAGAGAAGCUGUAUGGGAAGCGUCUUAAAAUUUCUUCAGGUGGCCAUUUAUACCAGGAUAGGCUAGAACAGUCUUUUGUCUUGGAGAGAUUUUACUGACACAAAUGCCAACUAACUUAUCUCUCACUCAUUAGCAUUGGAUGGAUUGAUUGGCUGGUAAUGGUAUUUGAUCAGUCUCUUAGGCUGCUGUUAUCAGUUGCCUCUUAACACACACCCCUUUAAAUGGCAUGUGGCAUAGUCUGUAGGAAGAUAGUGCCCACUACAAAUCUUUGGAAGGUGACUUUUGAGGGAUCUGUUUGGAAUGCAAAUGGAGCUGCUUGCCACUAUCCCUUCGUUUUGCUUGCUUUUUAUAAAUACGUGAAAUGCUGUUGUGACUCUCCUGUUGGGAAAAUGCAAUCUGCUGUCAUAGCUGAUCUCUCUCAAUUUGCCAUAGAAAAACUUAAAUGAAAAAUAAACGAUCUUGUUUCCUCUA